GUAGCAAGCUGAUUCCGGUCGUCUUGAAAUAUUGCGGUCGUGGGUGCAGCAAGGACUAAAAAGACCCAACAAGAUCUCGCCCAUGGCCGACGUCGUGCUCCGACGGGGCGAGCUCGUGUACCGGCGUGAUGUCCGCGCUGAGUGGCAGCGCUGCUGGGUCAAGAUGUACGCGGACCGCGUGGUCGACCACACGCAGGCCAUCUGGCUCGCGACCAAGCAGGUCGUGCGCGUCGAGCCCAUAAGCCUCGCAGGCCCGAGCCCAUGGGUGUUCCGCGUCACCGUCGCUGGCAGCGCCGCCAUCGACGCCUGCGUGGCCUCGCAAGAGGAGCGCGAUGGGUGGAUACGGUGCCUCAUGGACGCCAAGCGCGCGUACCUCGCGGAGAAUGGCAAGCUGCUCUUCCAAGCGGCGCACUCGCCCAUGCCGGACCCGCCGGCCUUUGUACGGUUUGCCGACAGCGACUCGGAAGCGCACUCGUCGGACGACGAUGACAGCCUCUCGGAGACGGACGAUCUGCCUGCAAGCUUGAAGAGGCUCGUCGUGCAGCCUGGGCUCAAGGUACCUCCUCCCUCCGCGCUCGUCCUCACGCUUGCAUGCUACCAGCGCAUGGUGCGGGACCGGCCGCGCGUCCUCACGAUCGUGCACGUCGAAAUGGAGACGAAGGCGCAUGGCCGCUUCGUCGCACCCAUUGCGCUGGACGACGACAGCUUGAGGACCACGCACGUCGACGCGCUCAAGAAGGAGGCGCUCGGGAAGCUCAAGCACAAGGUGCUGCACAGCCUCGACGCGGACGGGAUCGCCGCCGACGCGACGCUGCGCGAACUCACCCAAGACGACGCCAUGUCGUUCGUGCUCGUCUUGCCCGAUGCGAUACGCGAUGUGUGGCUGCGCAACGAAGAGAAGCCGCUGUGCUACUACCUUGACAUGAAGCUCGAGUCCGCGUCCGACACGGUGCACCUCUCGCUCCGCCAGGUGCAAGCCAUGCCGCCGCCGCCGCUUCAGGUCGAAAUCACGGGCAAUGCCAACAAGGUCAGCGACCUCUCCCAAAAGCUCUACACGACGUACACGAUUCAAGUCGUGUACAACGACGUCAAGUGGACGGUUGUGCAUCGGUUCCAGGAUUUCCUCGCGCUGGAUGACGCGAUCAAGAAUGACGUGGCAGCCUACCGCGCGUACCUGCCGCCGCUGCCCAAGAAGAAGGCGAUCACGCCCAAGAAAGGCUUGUUCGUCGCCAAGCGCCAGUGCAAGCUGCAGGCAUACCUCCAAGACGUCGUCGCGUUGCCUGGACUUGCACAAAACAUCCAUGUCAUGACAUUUCUAGGCGUGGUCUCGAUGGCCCGGAACCGCGAGGUCGUCCGAAGCGUGCUGCAUGUCUCGGCGGUCCACGCGUGUUUGAGCUAUGGCGACAUCAUCCUCUUCAAGACGCGCUUUGGUGCGAGCAAAGUACAACGCAAGAUCACCGGCGCGCGGUAUGACCACGCUGCGAUCGUCGUGCCAGGGUCGACGCCGCCGCUUCUCUCGCUCCUCGAAGCGACCGGCGAAGGCAUCCAAGUCUACGCACUGAAGCCGCGACUGCAGGCGUACGGGCGCGAGGUCACGAACGCCAUUGUCGCGCGUCGCGUGCUAGCGCCUCGGUCGCCGACGACGCUCGCCAAGAUCCAAGAGUUUGUGCUCGGCGUCGAGGGCAAUGCGUACAGCAUCUUUGGCAUUCUCAACCGGUCCAAGGUCGAGAAGGAAGAGAAAACGACCAAGUACUUUUGCUCCGAGCUCGUCGCCGCCGCGCUCAUGCACCUCGAUUGGCUCGAGAAAGAUGUGCCGCCAAGCUUUUACUGGCCCGGCAACUUUGAAGAAGGCGGCGAGCUCGAGCGCCACGUCCUCCCGGGCGUCACCCUUGGCCCCGAGCUCGCCCUCGACUGCAAAUUUCUCGAAGUCGGCCGUGCACAGUAGCCACCUUGACAUCUCCGCGACAACAACAUCAUCAUCAACAACAAAUGGGCUUGUAACGCGG